GUUGUUGCACGUGUGCUGUCAAUGUCAACAACGUUUGAGAGAACGGAGUUAAUGUAGCGUGGUACCUGUGUUUUACAUUUUGUCACAACAUGGUUAAAGAACAAUACCGCGAGACAAAUUUGGCACGAAAAAUAUCUCAUGUCUCCUUCGGUGUAGACAGUUGUCAUCAGAUUGAGCAACAAGCUCAUUUGCAUGUUGUGGCGAAGAACCUAUACAGCCAGGAUCCCCAGAGGACACCCGUCCAGUAUGGAGUUCUUGAUAGACGAAUGGGAGUCAACCAGAAAGACGCAGUAUGUCUGACUUGUGGAAAAGGAUUAAAUGACUGUGUGGGGCACUACGGAUACAUUGAUUUGGAGCUUCCAGUUUUUCAUGUAGGAUAUUUUCGAUCUGUCAUUACUGUACUUCAGACUGUUUGCAAGAGUUGUUCCAGAGUCUUACUGCCAGACAAAGAUAAAAAACCAUUUAGAAAUAAAGUAAUGAACCCUGCAAUACCAUACUUGACUCGGAAAGCUUUAAGAAAGCAGAUAUUGGACAAAUGCAAGAAGAUUACAAUUUGUCCUCACUGCAAUGAGCUAAAUGGUGUCGUGAAGAAAUGUGGUUUGUUAAAAAUCGUCCACGAACAGUACCGUUCGAAGAAGAAGACCGAUCCUCUGGUGCAACAUAAAUUAGCUGCUUACGCAAAAGUUGUCGAAUAUAAUCGUGAACUGGAAUCUGCAGUUGUCAAUGGAUUGGCUCAUAUAUUCAAUCCUCUUGAGGUUCUGCACAUUCUGGAGAGGAUACCAGAAGAGGAUAUUCCUUUACUGCUUAUGAACCCAUCUUGUGGUAGUCCAAAGGACCUUAUUUUGACAAGGAUACCUGUGCCACCACUAUGUAUAAGACCAUCUGUAGUGUCUGAUUUAAAAUCAGGAACGAAUGAAGAUGAUCUGACUAUGAAGCUUUCAGAAAUUAUAUUUAUUAAUGACGUUAUUACGAAGCAUCGUCAGACUGGUGCGAAAGUUCAGAUGAUAAAUGAAGAUUGGGAUUUUCUUCAGCUGCAUUGUGCACUUUACAUCAACAGUGAAACUUCAGGAAUACCACUGAAUAUGCAGCCCAAAAAAUCAAGUAGAGGACUUGUGCAAAGACUGAAAGGAAAACAGGGCCGUUUUAGAGGAAAUCUGUCAGGUAAACGUGUUGACUUUUCCAGCAGAACUGUUAUUUCUCCAGAUCCAAAUCUUCUCAUUGAACAGGUUGGUGUACCUGUCCAUGUUGCAAAAAUUCUCACAUAUCCAGAAAGAGUAACUAGUGCCAAUCUCAAACUGAUGAAACAGAUGGUAAUAAAUGGACCUGACAAGCAUCCAGGUGCAAAUUUUGUUGAACAAAAGAACCUGAAAUUUAAGAAAUUCUUAAGAUUUGGGAACCGUCAGAAAAUUGCUCAGGAACUUAGGCCUGGUGAUAUAGUGGAGCGGCAUCUUGUUGAUGGAGACAUUGUACUCUUUAAUCGGCAACCUAGUCUUCACAAAUUAAGUAUCAUGUCACACAGAGCCAAAGUUCUUGAACACAGGACAUUCAGGUUUAAUGAAUGUGUCUGUACACCAUACAAUGCUGAUUUUGAUGGUGAUGAAAUGAAUCUCCAUUUGCCGCAGACAGAAGAGGCUCGUGCUGAGGCCUUGAUUCUUAUGGGGAACAAAUCAAAUCUCGUGACACCUCGCAAUGGAGAACUACUCAUAGCUGCCACACAAGAUUUCAUCACUGGAGCCUAUCUACUUACACAGAAAGAUAAUUUUCUAGACAGAGGCCAGGCUUGUCAGUUAGCAGCAACUCUCUUGGCUGGAAGUGAUACAAACAUGCAUAUUGAUUUACCACCACCAGCAAUAUUGAAACCAAUGGCCUUAUGGACUGGAAAACAGAUCUUUGGACUGAUUUUACGACCAAACAAAAAAUGUGCUGUGAAAGCAAAUUUACGAACCAAGGGAAGGGCAUACACUAGCAAUGAAGAGCUGUGCAUUAAUGAUUCAUAUGUUGUGAUACGGAAUUCGGAGCUCCUUGCUGGCUCUAUGGACAAAUCUACUCUUGGAUCUGGUUCAAAAAGCAAUAUUUUUUAUGUACUCCUAUGUGACUGGGGUGAGGAUACAGCAGCCAAGGCCAUGUGGCGACUUGCACGCAUUGCGUCUAGUUUUCUUAUGAAUAGGGGCUUUUCAAUAGGUAUUGGUGAUGUUACUCCUGGGCAAGGUUUACUGCGUGCAAAACAUGAACUGUUACAAGCAGGGUACAGCAAAUGUGAUGCAUACAUUCGACAAAUGCAUGAAGGUCUACUUACGUGCCAACCAGGAUGUACAGAAGAAGAGACACUUGAAGCUGUCAUUCUAAAGGAAUUGUCCGUUAUUCGAGAUCAUGCAGGAAAGGCUUGUUUGAAGGAAUUGCAUAGAAGUAACAGUCCUCUUGUAAUGGCACUUAGUGGUUCUAAAGGGUCAUUUAUUAACAUAUCUCAGAUGAUUGCCUGUGUCGGACAGCAGGCCAUUAGUGGACAUCGUGUCCCGAAUGGCUUUGAGGACAGAGCCUUACCUCAUUUUGAACGACAUUCAAAAAUUCCAGCUGCAAAAGGCUUUGUGCAAAACAGCUUCUAUUCUGGUUUAACUCCAACAGAGUUUUUCUUCCAUACUAUGGGUGGCCGUGAAGGCUUAGUUGACACAGCUGUGAAAACAGCUGAAACUGGUUACAUGCAACGAAGGCUAGUAAAGUCCUUGGAAGAUCUGUGUCUGCAUUAUGAUAUGACAGUGCGCAAUUCAGUUGGUGACAUUGUGCAGUUUCUUUAUGGAGGAGAUGGUCUUGAUCCAACAUAUAUGGAAGGUAAGGAUUGCCCUGUGGAUUUCAAGCGUGUGUUAGAUCAUGUUCGAGCAAAGUGCCCAUGUCGUGAUGAGGAAUCACUUGAUGGACCCAGCAUUAAAAAAGCUGCUGAGGAACUUUUGAAAUCAGAUGAUUUUGAUGGCUGUAGUGAUGAAUUCAAAGAGGAGUUAAGGAAGUUUAUGGAAAGCUUUGCCAGGCGCACAGCACGCUUGAGGCACAAAAUGGGUGUUGGCGCAACAGAUCAAGCAGUGCCACCAGUCAUUAUGCAACUUGAGAGGCUAACUUUAACUCAGCUGGUGGAAUUCUUUCAUACCUGUCGUGAUAAAUAUAUGCGGGCUAAGAUUGAACCAGGAACUGCUGUUGGUGCAUUGUCUGCCCAGAGUAUAGGUGAACCUGGUACUCAGAUGACUCUAAAAACAUUUCAUUUUGCAGGAGUUGCAUCGAUGAACAUAACUCAGGGAGUACCAAGGAUCAAAGAAAUUAUUAAUGCCAGCAAAACUAUUAGCACACCAAUCAUCACAGCAUGCCUGGAAAUAAAUAAUGAUGCAGAAUUUGCACGAAGAGUGAAGGGUCGCAUUGAAAAGACAAUGUUGGGGGAAGUUUCAGAGUACAUAGAAGAAAUGUAUCUUCCUGAUGAUUGUUUCCUUCUUGUGAAAUUAGAUAUCGAUCGCAUAAGACUUCUGAAAUUAGAAGUUGAUGCAGAAUCAAUAAGAUACAGCAUUUGUACUUCAAAAUUAAAACUUAAACCAGGUUUAGUAACAGUUGUCGGUGAUUCCAUCAUUACUGUGAAGCCUGGAAAAUCACGAUCCAGUUUAAAUUAUGCUCUUCAGCAUCUGAAGGAGAAUGUUCCAAAAAUUGUCAUAAAGGGUCUUCCAUCAGUGAGCAGAGCAGUGAUCCACAAUGAUGAUUCUGGUGGUCAAACAAGAUACAAACUCUUAGUGGAAGGUGAUAACCUACGAGAAGUGAUGGCAACACAUGGGGUGAAGGGAACACGUACUACUUCUAAUAAUAUUUAUGAAGUGUAUACAACUCUUGGUAUUGAAGCAGCCAGGUCUACAAUAAUGACAGAGAUAAAAUUGGUAAUGGAAAAUCAUGGCAUGAGUAUCGAUAGGCGACAUCCAAUGCUUGUCGCAGAUCUCAUGACUAGCAGAGGGGAAGUCCUUGGAAUCACUCGAUAUGGGCUGGCCAAGAUGAAGGAAUCUAUUCUGAACCUGGCUUCUUUUGAAAAAACUGCUGAUCAUCUAUUUGAUGCAGCUUACUACGGCCAGAAAGAUGCUAUUACUGGUGUCAGCGAAUCAAUAAUUAUGGGAAUACCCAUGUCCAUUGGAACAGGAAUCUUCAAACUCCUACAUAAAGCUGAUCAUGAUACGACACCACAGAAGAGGACAUUGAUUUUUGACAAUCCUGAAUUUCAUAAACCUCUUCCUAAAUGACUUGUAGAUUAAAAUGAUUGAAUUGUUCAAAAACAUACACAUUGUGUACAAACAUGUAAAAUAUUUAUUUUUAUUGCAGUUUAAAAUCAGUAUUUGUCUGUGAUGUAAUUUAUAAGAGAUUUUUCUGCCGUGACUGUGUACGAGGAGAUCAUAUGUGAAGUGUUCCAGUAUUGUUGGUUGUAUCACUUAUUGAGAGUAUGGUAGGUCUGUGUAACAUUCAGUAUGAAAUGCAGAAAUGUUUAAAUUA